AUGACGGACAAAAAGAAUUCUUUCCAUCCGACUCUUACGGUUUCUAAUAUACGGAACCAUAUCUCCAUCACUCUUGAAAUGGAGAAUGUCCAAUACUCUACAUGGGCGGAGCUUUUUAAAAUUACCGCACAUUCUCAUAAGGUCCUUCAUCACAUUAUUCCUCUUGCCAACGGCAAAGAGAAUGUACUUGUGACUGAGGAUGAAAAGGAAUUAUGGUCGACUCUUGAUGCUACGGUUCUUUCCUGGCUUUAUGCAACCAUCUCCAAUGACUUGUUGCAUACAAUUAUUGAACCCAAUGCCACGACCAUGGAUGCUUGGAAUAGGUUGAGAGAUAUUUUCCAAGACAACAAACAUUCCCGUGUGGUAACUCUUGAGGACGAAUUCUCCAAUACUAAGAUGGAGAUUUUUCCAAAUGCUUCGGCAUAUUGUCAACGUCUCAAGUCCCUUGUUGAUCAGUUGAAAAAUGUUGGAGUACCGGUGUCGGAGAGCCGCCUCGUCAUUCAACUUGUUUCGGGUCUCACAAGUGGAUAUCAAGGUGUAGGGACGUUAAUUCGACAGAGUGAUCCUCUACCUCCGUUUUAUCAGGCUCGGUCGAUGCUCACACUUGAGAAAGUCGGAUUGGCAAAGGAGGUUGCCACGGGUUCGGAGUCGGCAAUGGUGGUUGCCUCACAAUCCGUUUAUGACUCAAAUUCCUCACAUUCGGACCAGCAGCACCGUGGGAAGCUGUUUCGAUUUUGCAAGAAUUCUGAAAAAAAAAAAUCCGGUGGCGGUGGUCGUGGGUCUGACGGUGGAAAAUCUGGCCGUUGUUUGAUGAAUUUAGGGACAGUCUCAGUGUCUGUCGUCCUCCUGCUUCGACUGUGGGGGUGUUUUAAGAUAUAUGUGAAUAUAUUUAGUUUGUUAAGCAUAUAA